GAGGGACUUCCUUUUCCGGGUACGGGUCCCCAGGCGGAGGGAGAGCGAGGCAUCCGGAGCGCUUGAGCCCCCCGGGCGCCAGACGGAGAGGCCGACAAAUGGCUGCUAAACUUGGAGAAAUUUCUCACGUGAAUAAUUCUGCGCCCCUCGUGGACCCCUCGGUGUACGGUUACGGAGUAAAGCGGGCUUUGGAAGACGGGAGUCUCCGUGUAAACUGGCUUCAUGGAUCACAGAUAAGAGACAACCCCAGAAUAGGUAACCAGUUAGGAGCCCUGGUACAUCAAAGGGCAGUAAUAACCGAAGAUUUCAAAGUGCCUGACAAAAUGGUUGGAUUCAUUAUCGGCAGGGGCGGUGAGCAAAUCUCCCGGAUUCAGGCAGAAUCGGGGUGCAAAAUUCAGAUAGCAUCAGACAGCGGUGGGAUGGCAGAAAGGCCUUGCAUGCUGACCGGAUCGCCAGAGAGCAUCGAACAAGCGAAACGACUCCUGGGCCACAUCGUAGAUCGUUGUAGGAAUGGGCCCGGCUUUCACAACGACGUGGACGGCAACAACACAGUACAAGAAAUCCUCAUUCCAGCCUCCAAAGUGGGCCUGGUCAUCGGGAAAGGCGGUGAAACGAUAAAGCAAUUACAGGAACGAACCGGUGUGAAAAUGAUCAUGAUCCAAGAUGGCCCUUUACCGACCGGAGCAGAUAAGCCUCUUCGGAUUACGGGAGAUGCUUUUAAAGUACAGCAAGCCCAGGAGAUGGUAUUGGAGAUUAUCCGAGAAAAAGACCAGGCCGACUUCCGGGGCGUACGCAACGAUUUUACAUCCCGAAUGGGACGGAGCAUAGAGGUCUCUGUGCCCAGAUUCGCCGUGGGGAUCGUAAUAGGAAGAAACGGCGAAAUGAUCAAGAAGAUUCAGAACGACGCCGGGGUUAGGAUUCAGUUUAAACCAGAUGACGGUAUCAGCCCAGAAAGAAUUGCCCAGGUCAUGGGCCUCCCUGACCGAUGCCAGCACGCAGGUCACAUCAUCACCGAGCUCAUCCUCACGGCACAGGAGCGCGAUGGUUUCGGGACCCUGGCCGUCACCCGGGGCAGAGGGCGCGGACGGGGAGACUGGAGCCUGGGCACCCCCGGCGGCAUGCAGGAAAUCACUUACACGGUGCCCGCCGAUAAAUGUGGCCUGGUGAUCGGCAAAGGAGGAGAGAACAUCAAGGGCAUAAACCAGCAAUCGGGGGCACACGUGGAGCUCCAGCGAAACCCUCCUCCCAACACGGACCCGAACAUUCGGAUAUUCACCAUCCGGGGAGUGCCCCAGCAGAUCGAGCUCGCCAGGCACUUGAUCGAUGAGAAAGUGGGAGGCACCAACCUAGGUGGACCUGGGGGGUUUAGCCAGGCUCCUUUCAGCCAGCCACCUGCGACGACCCAUCAAAACGGUCCCCAGGCGUUCAUGACCCAGGGCUGGGGAAGCACUUUCCAGACGUGGCAGCAACCAGGACAGCAGGUCCCAAGUCAGCAAAACCAGCAGCAGAAUAGCCAACCAGAUUACAGCAAGGCAUGGGAAGACUAUUACAAGAAGCAGAGUCACGCUGCCACAGCUGUUUCCCAAGCCAGCAGCCAGCCAGACUACACAAUGGCCUGGGCAGAGUAUUACCGGCAACAGGCGGCCUACUACGGGCAGACGUUAGGGCAGGCUCACAACCAGGAGCAGUAGAACAACUGUUUGAUUCUCCUACCUUUUUCCUUUUCCUUGGAAUCAUUGUGGAAACAAACCUUUUUUGUAACAGAGGUUUCUAGAUUUGCAGCCGUUUGAAGAUCUUUCUUUCUUUCUUUCUUCUUCCUUCCUUCCUUUCUUUCUUUCGUGAAACACUAGUGGUUAGGAUAAUCUCUAUUGAACUUUUUCUAAGAAUCAGGAACAAUUAGUAACAUGUACUAAAACUUUACGGACGUGCUAUGUCAUUUUCUUCCUUUUCCUUAAUUUCUGCUUUUUGUUUUUGUUCUUUUUUUUUUCUUUUUCCGGGGAGGAUUCAUUUCCAAAAUCGUAAGGCAAAAAAAUAAAAAAAAUCAAAAAAAAAACGACAGGAAAAAAAAAUUUAAAAAGAGCACGAAGCAAAACUCCGGGAACAUGAUUUGGAGGGAAGCCAAUGAACAGCUGUGGCAUCACAACUUUCCCCAAAGCUUUCAACAAAUGGGUUUUUGUGUGGGCGUGUGUUUGGGUUUUAUUCCUUUCUUUUUUUUUUCUCUUUUUCACCCACCCCCCAUCUCUUCUCUUUGUACUUUGAUUUUAAAAUCUUUUUUUUUUUCUGUUGAAAAAAGAAAAACAAACAGACAGACAAACAAAAAACGCUUGGAAGUCUUAGGUGGUAUGUAACAAAUUCUAAAAGAAAAGAAAAUGAUUUUUUUAAAAAAAACAGUAUUUAAAUAUUCUUAAAUAUGUAAAUUCAUUAAAUAUUUUACUUCUAAUUUUUCUUGUACCUUGGCUGUCUUUGUUUUUGAUUUUAUUGCAUUUUUUUAAAAGAAGAAACUGAAUUAUGCUAUGUAUUGUAAUUAAUUAUGUGAAUUUAUUGGGACAGUUGCUGUUUGCUGUCGUUCUUUUAUCGCGGGGGGGGGGCAUUUUGUAGGGGCUGUAUAAUUUCUAGAGAUCUAAAGGGUUAAUAUAAAAGCAAUGUGUUAAUUUUUUAGUGAUACUAUUUUCCUUUCUAUGUUUCCCUGGUUGGUUGCAUUUGUAAAUCUAAGACCUCCAAGCAUCUCUUUAAAAAAAAAAGAGCAAAAUACUUUUUGUCUAUUUCAGAAAUAAAUACUGUUAUUUUUAAUAUUAAGAUGAAACUGCUAUUAGUAUCUUUAACAAGCACUGUGGAACAUUUAAAUCCUAUAAAAUAGUAGUAACUAUUUUUUAAUUCCAGGGUGUGUGUUUGCUUUUGGCUUUUUAUUUUUUUUUCCUUUGUUUUUAAGUAUUUUCUUACCUUAAUAUUUGUCAAAUUUUACCUACAGGAAAUAAAAAUGAAAUCUAGUAUUAACCAUAGGUAUGUUCUGAAUAAUUUUUUGAUUUAAUAAAAGGGAUAAUAUGGUUUCCAGUGUUUAUUGUAGUGUUUUCUUGUACAGAUAACAGUGUAUUUUUAAAGAGAAAAAAAAAACGGAAGUAAAGCUAUUUUUUUCUUGACAUUUUUAAUUGAUCUAUGCGACAUUCCGUUUUGAAUUGUACCGAAGUUGCUGUUUUAGGAGCUUCCUCGCCCUCCCUCCCAUUUCUUUAUAUAAUGCUUGAAAUGUCUAACUGUAUACAGAAAAGAAAAACAAUUGGAUAAUGUUCAGCAUGAUGUUUUAAAACAAAAAUGUUCUUUUUAUUUGACUGACAGUUGCAUUUUACACUCUCUCUAUAAUAAAAAAAAAUUCCACACG